AUGUCUCACAUUGUUCAAGGCUGUGCUGUGCUUCCAGAUGCCACCAGUCAGUACAUCGAGGGGAGAGAGGACGUGGAGGCCCAGGAUGGACUAUACCCAGGGGGUUUGCAGUGUGCCCUGGUUCUGAUCGGGGUGUACCUGCGGGCCAGUGGAGAGCCCAUCAUGGGCGUCGUCAGUCAGCCCUUCGCUCACAAAGACCCAGGAGGACAGGGCUGGAGGGGUCAGUACUUCUGGGGGGUGUCCUAUGGGAACCUCAACGUCUCCUCGCUGCCUAGGCCGGAGGCGCCCUCCCAGGAGGCGCUUGCUGUGGUGCUGAGCUCCAGUGAGAAGGAGCCUGUGAAGCAGGCUCUGGCGCCCCAGUGUGGUGGGAGGCUGCAUUACGCCUCGGGAGCUGGCUACAAGAUCCUGUGUGUGGCCCUCGGCCUGGUGGACGCCUACGUAGUCUCGGAGGGCAGCACCUACAAAUGGGACUCGUGCGCCCCCCACGCCAUCCUGCGGGCGCUGGGCGGGGGGGCGGUUGACCUGGGGCAGUGCCUGAGCGGCCUUGCUGAACACGGGGGGCGCCCAGAGCUGAAGUACCACCUGCCCCGAGCGGGAUGCCAGGGUGCAGAGAGAUGGGCCAACGAGGGUGGAAUUGUGGCCUUCUUGGACCCCACGAGGCUGAAGAGGGUGAUCAGUGCGCUUCUGGGAAAAGUGUAAAACCGUUUAAUUUAACUCCUUUGGUCACCGGCAUCAGGCAACAUCUUUUAUCAUGGUUUUAAUUUCAAGUUUGGAUACAGGUACAACAUCGGACUACAGUAUUAAGUGCUGCCCUUUGUUCCAAAUAUCUUUUCUGACGUUUUGCAGCCACCUGCAAGCCAACGGUGAGCUGGGGAGGGUAGGUGAGAGGGCACGCAGAGUGGGAGGGGACGCCCCUCGUCAACUCACCCCACAAAUCGGCACAAGAAGAACUCAGAUAAACGUGAUGCACCAGUGAAUUUCUGUUGAAAAACAGAUCUUUUGCCCUAAUGGAGCUGGCUGUACUCGGAUUUCAAAUCCGAAACCAAAACAUGACGUUCAGCCUGGAGAGCAUACUGCGAGGAAGGGCAACCAGGCAAUUCUGUAUCAUGUUGACAUCUUCCUGCACUGAAUUCUGAAUUCCUUCCUGGGGGAAAAAAAGCCAGUUUUGCUUAAUGUCUGAACCUUUUGGAAUAUAUCCAUUUGCCCCGAGUAAAAAUGAUAAACGCUGGAGUCGAUGAAAUCUGCUACAGAAGGUCUGUGUUUUGUCUAGUAAACUGCAGCUGUCUGUCACUAUUUGUCCAAACUAGGACAGAUGUUUUAUAUCCAGAAAUCAAACCGUUUUUUUUUUAUCAGCUUCCAGUUGAAGUUCCUUGAUGUUGGUCUUUUAGGGCUCAAGGGCGCUGGUAUUAGUUCCUAAUUUUCUCUGAUCUCAGUUAGUUGAAGUAGCAGUUGGAUCUGUUUGAUAAACAGGACUUUUGCACGCAUAUGAGGGGGAGGAACAGGUUGGAAUUUGGUCUCAGUGGUGAGAGGCAGGGUGGGAUUUUCAGUCAUCAUGUAGCAGAGCUGUCAGAGCAGAUGUGACAUGGGGUGUUUUUAUGUAGUUCUUGAGGCAGGUGUUGGUAAAUCACUCAAAUAUGGAACCCCACUUCCUCCGUUGCAGAGGGUCAGUGGGAAGUAAAUACAUGAGGAAACUGGUGCAAAUUCAGUACUUGGGUACUUUUAAUGCCAUUCGAGGAGGCAGCUGCGUCAGCAUGGGUAGGCUGUAAAGGAACAAGUGAAGGUUUAUUCCAUGCUGAGAAGAGAUGAAAAUCU